GAGUUCCGACUGACCGACCCAAGAGCGACCAACAACUACCCAAGGAUAACUCCCCCAACGAACGCUUUUUUACCCGAUCUUUCCUCGAAAGAUGUCCAAAGCCGCUCAACCUGAACUAAAGAAGUAUAUGGACAAACGAUUAUUUUUAAACCUUCAAGGGAAUCGAAAGUUAUCAGGAGUUCUGCGAGGUUUUGACAUAUUUCUGAACCUAGUUCUCGAUGAAGCGCAAGAAGAAAGUCUAGAGGGAGGCGAGAAACGCAAGAUGGGUCUCAUCGUUAUUCGAGGCAAUUCGGUUUCCUCUAUAGAGACAUUAGAAGCAGUCCGCUGAUCGGUGACUUGUUACUUUGAGAGAGGGUGGGGGUCUUCCUUGAGGCAUUGCUUGAUUUCACUUUGAUUGUGUGGACUGGACUGUCACAUUUUUCCAAAAUCAAUCGAAUUUUUUGACUUGACUUGAGUCUUCAAAUAUAUACUGUCGUUUUUUCGUU